CUUUGCCGGAAGGAGGGAUCCAGGCUCCCCAGGGAGGAGGGGACCGGGUUGGGGGGGAGUGAGUGAUUCAUUGCAGCUGGCUGCAGUUUGGCCUCCUCCUCCUCUCUUUGCCCUGGGUGCCAGGGAGUGACAGCUUGUGGGCAGCGGGCCAAGCUGUGAAAAGAGAGUGUGUGAGGCCUUCAGCUUUCUCAUGCUUUAUCAAGCUGCAGAGAAUAGCUCGAUAUUCAGCCAGCACUGGUGUGGGUCAGGAGAAUGGAAACGCGAACUUAACUCCUGCCAUGCUGGCUGGCUGCUGACCGCGCGGAGCGAGGGUCCCUUUGUGCCGCGGGAUGCGGGGCAAGAGGAAGGAAACGCGCUUUGGUGCAGCGGUGAAGGUUAAGGCACCCUCUUCAAUAAGAGAAAUGAAGGUAUCCCAACGUUCCCAAGAGUCCAGAUGAGUGUUUACCAUGCCUCUGGGAACGUUCUUCCUUCCUGUUCUCUGUUUCAUGGGAGCAGCAAUUCCACGGGGACUGCCGUAUGUCACGUUCACGCGCAACGCUACGAAAUUCCUCCACCUGUCUAUGGACUUGGAGUCCGGGGCCAUUUACUUGGGAGCCACCAACUUUCUCUUUCAGCUGACAUCUGACCUGCUGAUGAAGAACAUGGUUCAGACUGGACCAGUUCUGGACAGUAAAGACUGCCUCCCCCCGGUCUCAAAGCUGGAGUGCCCUCAGGCACACCACACCGACAAUCACAACAAGCUGCUGCUAGUGAACACAGUGCAGAAGGAGCUCAUUGUGUGUGGCAGUGUGCACCAGGGGAUCUGUGAGAAGAGGAGCCUCACGUCCAUUGACCAUGUCCUCUUCCGACCAGAGAGCCCUGGUGACACUCAGUAUGUUGCUGCCAAUGAUCCCAACAUCACCACUGUAGGACUCAUAGCUUACUCAAAGGAUGAGGUCCCCUUGCUGUUUGUGGGACGAGGGUACACAAGCCGAGGAGUUGGAGGGGGGAUUCCUCCCAUCACUACCCGGAAUCUCAGGGCCCAUGGUGGGGAUGUUCAAGCAAUAGACUCUCACUCCAUUUUCUCCUAUGAAGAAACAGCAAAACUGGCUGUGGGCCGGCUCUCAGAGUACAACCACCACUUCAUUAAAUCCUUCACUUACCGCUCCAGUGUCUAUUUCCUAUUCUACCGGCGAGACCUCAAAUCUCAGUCCCGUGAGUACAAGACCUACAUCUCCCGAAUCUGCCUGGAUGACUCUCACUAUUACUCGUAUGUGGAGUUACCUCUGCUCUGCCAGAGCAAAACCAAUACCUACAGCCUCCUGCAAGCAGCCUAUGUCACCCGGCCAGGAAAAGGCUUGGCCCAUGGGCAGCUGGACACCGAGGGAGAAGUGCUGUUUGCAGCCUUCUCAUCCUGGCAGGCUUCUUCUGGUAAGCUGAGUGAGGAGUCUGCACUCUGUGUCUAUGCUAUGGAGGAAGUGGAUCGCCUGACCAACUGGACUAGGGAUGUUUGCUACAUGAGAGAUGGGAAGUCAGAAGAAGGGACAGAGGUGGCAUAUAUUGAAUAUGAUGUCAGCUCCAACUGUGUCCAGCUGCCCGCAGAUACCCUGUAUGCAUACCCCUGUGGCUCUGACCACACUCCCAGCCCUAUGGCCAGUCGGGUACCCUUGGAGGCAGCCCCACUCCUGGAGAAAACAGAUGCCCGUCUGACAGCAGUGGCAGUGAAUGUGGAAGAUGGGCACACCAUUGCUUUCCUGGGAGACAGCAAAGGGAGGCUGCACAAGGUGUACUUAGGAGCAAUGGGAGAUGCACACAUAUAUGCUUCUUUAACUAUCCAGUUAAAUAGCAUGGUGAGUGGAGACCUGCUGUUUGACCAGUUGCAGGAGCACCUCUUUGUCAUGACCCAGUCAAUGGUGGUAAAGGUUCCCAUACUGGAAUGUUCCCUGUACUCGGACUGUGAAUCCUGUCUGGCUCUGAAAGAUCCAUACUGUGGCUGGUGUGUCCUUCAGGGACGGUGCACCCGUCGCUCUGAGUGCUUGCGGUCCAGGUUGAGUGAGCAGUGGCUCUGGAGCUUUAACUCUACACAACAGUGUCUGUCUGUCCAGUCACUAACUCCAGCCAAUAUCAGCAGAGAGGAAAAGAGAAAUAUAUUCCUGGCUAUCUCGGACUUACCUUCCCUGCGUGAGGAAGAAUUUUACUCAUGUUACUUUGAAGAUUAUGAAAGCCCAGCAGUGCUGACAGAGUCAGGAAUCAUGUGUCCUUCUCCAGAUCCCAGCCAAGCACCAGCUUUGCCAACAGGAGCAGAUCAUGUCACCAUAAAGCUCGUAGUGCGUUUCCAUGACAUCUUCAUUGCUUCUGUGGACUUCUCUUUCUAUGACUGUGCUGCAGUGGCCCUGCUGUGGAAGUCGGCACCGUGCAAGAAGUGUGUGAGCAGCCUCUGGGGAUGUAACUGGUGCAUCCAGCAGCACCUCUGUACCCACAAAGCAGCCUGUGAGGAAGGAAUCAUUAUCUACAAUGAAAGGGCCCAGAUCCCAGCCUCAGGUGUGUUUCCUUCUUCAGCAGCUCCCCUCACCAAGUCUUCUACCACAGCCCCAACCACGGCCACAAAACCCAUCACUCCCCCCAUUGUGCGAGUGGUACCAAGCACUGUGCCCUCCUCAGAGCCCAACCGCAUCACGUUCUCUGCAGCCUUGGACAUGACAUCUGAGCCUACAGAAACCCUCAGCUAUACGUACUUGACUCCCUCAACUGAAGCAGCCUCUCUCCAGGCCAUCACAGAAUCCCCCCUGCCACCACCAGCAGACAAACCUGCUGUCACUGAGCCAGAGACAACUUCUCCUUCUGCAUCUGUCCUCACCAGCCCAUCCAAAAACAUGGAUCAUGCAGCCUUGCCCACUGAAGGGCCAGCCACCGCCCAGGGGCCACAGCACACCAACCCACCCACCACGCUAGUGGGUAGCCCUCCGCACACCUUUUCAGCAGCAGUAACACCUUCUCCUCAUGUCACCAGCUUGAAGUGGCCUCCGAGUUCUUUUCCUACCACAGAGGCACUGACAUCUGCCAUCCCAUCUCCCCAAACUCCCAGCCAGGUGCCGGGGGGUCCUGCUGCCUCUGAGGAUUCUCCUGGAUUGCUGGGAACUGAACUACCUGCUUCAGAGCUCCCACCAUCAGCUCCCCCAGAAUGGCUGCUGGAGGAAGGCACGGAGCUGCAGGACACGGAGGACUGGAUGGAUUUGCUGCAGGCUGAGAAUGACACAUCUUCCUUCUCUGCUUCUACCCUUCUGUCGGGUGAUGGGGAUUCUUCAGAGAGGGAUGUUCCUGACUUCCCCAGGAUCCUUCACCCAGACCUCAACUAUCAGUAUGAUGCUCCUGAGUUUUGGGAAGAGGAUGAAGAGCUUAGCUGGGGUCCAGAUGCAUGUCCCUGUGUGCAGCAAAUCCAGGGAUCUUCGCUGUUUCCAGUCAACGUGGCAAGGAAGAUAACCCUGCUGGGAAAGAACUUCCACCUCUAUCAGGACCAGCAGUGGGACUAUGAGUGUGUCCUGAAUUUGGAGGGGAGGACAGUGGUGAUGGAUGCUUAUGUGGAAGGAGAAGAAACAAACAAAUCCCUCUGUUAUAUCACCUGCCAGAUGAACCAGUACAGUUACACAGCGCCUCAACUCGAAUUCAAUGCUGUGGUGUUUGUGCAGAGGCAACGACACCUUCGAGUGGACAGUGCUGCAGAUCUCCACGUGACUUUUUACAACUGCUCUGUGGGACACACUGACUGUAGCCGCUGCCAAACUGCUGACUCCAAGUACAACUGUGUGUGGUGUGGAGGUGACAACCCCAGCUGUAUCUUCAGGGGCUCCUGCAAGGAAGAUAUAGAAGACCUGUGUCCAGCACCUCUCAUUCACUCUGUGUACCCCCUGUCUGGACCAGUGGAAGGUGGCACUAGAAUCACCAUCACUGGCUCAAACCUCGGGCAGAAACAUCAAGACAUUGCAGAAACUGUCACUGUUGCAGGAAUUCCCUGUGCCGUAGAUGCUCAAGAGUAUGAGAUCUCUAGCAGUAUCGUGUGCGUCACUGGCAGGAGCUGGACAGAGAGAUCUGGGCACGUUGUGGUGGAAGUGCCUGGAGGAGGACGUGGAGUUUCUGGGCACAUUUUCACCUAUCAGAACCCAGAGCUGAAAUCCAUUGUGCCAACUCAGGGCCCCAAAGCAGGAGGAACCUGCCUUACCCUUCUGGGCUCAAAGCUGCUGACUGGGCAUCCUAGUGAAAUCAGUGUCCUGCUUGGAGACCUCCCGUGUCACAUCCUCUCUGAGAUGACAGAGGACCAGCUGGCAUGCCAGACCAGUCCCAGCAAUGUGUCUGCAGAGCUCCCAGUCACCAUCAAAUACGGGGACCAAGAGCGAAGACUGGAAGGAUCCCUCUUCAGAUACACUCUGGAUCCCAACGUCACUUUUGCAGAGCCACCUAAAAGCUUCCUCAGUGGAGGGAGAGUGCUCAGAGUUCAUGGCUACAACUUGGAUGUUGUACAGAAACCCAAGAUCCGAGUUACGGUUUCCCCAUCCGAACGGCGACGCCGAGCUCUGGGACGAUGGCGCAGAAUCAUCCCUGACACCCAGUGCCCUGAGGGCGCUCUGUGCAGCGUCCAGCAGUUUGAAGAACCAUGUCUGGUGAACUCCUCCUACCUGAUCCUGUGCAAAACUCCAGCUAUUAACCUGCUGUUGCGGAGUGUCCAUAUCAAACUGGAAUUUAUUCUGGAUAAUCUCAGCUUUGAUUUCAACUCGCUGCAUCCCAUGCCCUUCUCGUAUGAAGUUAACCCCAUCCUAAAACCCUUGAAUGCUGAAGACCCUGCCAAACCGUAUCGGCAUAAGCCAGGAAGUGUCAUCUCUGUGGAGGGGGAAAAUCUAGAUCUGGCUAUUUCCAAGGAUGAAGUGAUGGCUAUGAUUGGAGAAGGAAUCUGUGUGGUGAAGACACUGACAAGGAACCAUCUGUACUGUGAGCCUCCCUCUGAGCAGCCGGCCCCACGGCACCGCACGAAGCGGGAGGGCACAGACUUGCUCCCAGAGUUCACGGUACAGAUGGGAAACCUGAACUUCCUCCUGGGUCGGGUGCAGUACGACACAGAAAGCCAGCUCACUUUCCCACUUGAGGCACAGAUUGGGUUGGGUGUUGGUGCAUCCUUUGUGGCACUGAUUGUUCUGGUCAUCGUCUUCAUAUACAGGAGGAAGAGCAAACAGGCUCUGAGGGAUUACAAGAAAGUUCAAAUCCAGCUGGAAAAUCUGGAAACAAGUGUUCGGGACAGAUGCAAAAAGGAAUUCACAGACCUGAUGACUGAGAUGAUGGACCUCACAAGCGACCUUGUAGGCACAGGAAUCCCCUUCUUGGACUACAAGUCCUAUGCAGAGCGUAUUUUCUUCCCUGGGCACCGUGAGUCACCACUGCAGAGAGACCUGGACAUCCCCGAGUGCCGGCGGCAAACAGUGGAGCAGGGCUUGGUCCAGCUGUCCAACCUGCUCAACAGCAAGCUCUUCCUCACCAAGUUCAUCCACACUCUGGAAAUCCAGCGCACUUUCUCUCCAAGAGACCGGGCCUAUGUAGCAUCAUUGCUCACUGUGUCACUGCAUGGGAAGCUGGAGUACUUCACCGACAUCCUCAAAACACUCCUGAAUGACCUUGUGGAGCAGUAUGUGGCCAAGAACCCCAAGCUGAUGCUGCGGAGGACAGAAACAGUGGUAGAGAAGCUGUUAACCAACUGGAUGUCCAUCUGCCUGUAUGCAUUUGUGAGGGAUUCUGUUGGGGAGCCCCUUUACAUGCUGUUUCGAGGAAUCAAGCACCAGGUGGACAAAGGCCCAGUCGACUGGGUGACAGGGAAAGCCAAAUAUACCCUGAAUGACAACCGCCUUUUGAGAGAGGACCUGGAGUACCGCACUCUGACCUUAAAUGCUUUGACACAAGCAGGAGUUGCUGCAGGAGGGGCAGAGGACUCCCAAGGGAUAUCUGCAAAAGUGCUAGACUGUGACACCAUCACGCAGGUGAAGGAGAAAAUCCUGGAUCAGAUCUAUAAAGGGACACCCUACUGUCACCGACCAGACCCUGAUACCCUGGACCUUGAGUGGAGAUCAGGUCUGGCAGGUCACCUCAUACUGUCUGAUGAGGAUGUGACAUCUGUUGUUCAAGGAACGUGGAAACGCCUGAACACUCUUCAGCAUUACAAGGUACCUGAUGGAGCAACAGUAGCACUGGUCCCACGCCUGACCAAGCACAUCCAUAGGGAGAAUCAGGAUUACAUCCCAGGAGAGAAAACACCAAUGCUGGAGGAUGCAGAUGAAGGUGGGAUCAAACUUUGGCACCUGGUAAAACCAACAGAAGAGCCAGAGCUUCCCAAGCAUCGGCGUGGGAGCUUGAGAGAUCGGGAGCGAGCCAAGGCAAUCCCGGAGAUCUACCUGACACGUCUGCUCUCAAUGAAGGGCACUCUGCAGAAGUUUGUGGAUGACUUGUUCCAGGUGAUCCUCAGUACCAACCGCCCUGUCCCCCUGGCAGUCAAGUACUUCUUUGACCUGUUGGAUGAGCAGGCCUUACACUAUGGGAUCGCAGACCCCGAGACCAUCCAUAUCUGGAAGACAAACAGCCUGCCCCUACGGUUCUGGAUAAACAUCAUCAAGAACCCCCAGUUUGUUUUUGAUGUGCAGACGUCAGAUAAUGUUGAUGCUGUGCUUCUGGUCAUUGCACAGACCUUUAUGGACUCCUGUACAAUAGCUGACCAUAAGUUAGGGCGGGAUUCUCCAAUCAAUAAGCUGCUGUAUGCCCGGGACAUCCCUCGCUACAAGCAGAUGGUGGAAAGGUAUUACGCGGACAUUCGUCAGACCAUCUCUGCCAGUGACCAGGAGAUGAACUCUGCCCUGGCUGAGCUGUCACGGAAUUACUCAGGUGGCCUCAAUUCCCUGGUGGCUCUACAUGAACUGUACAAAUACAUCAAUAAGUACUAUGACCAGAUCAUUACGGCCUUGGAAGAAGACCCAACAGCACAGAAGAUGCAGCUUGGAUAUAGACUACAACAGAUUGCAGCAGCUGUGGAGAAUAAAGUCACAGACUUGUGACAGGCACAGACAGACUGCUCUGCCCUGCCUGAGCGGGGACAGUGCUCGUCCUAGCUACACACAUGGUGUCCUGCUGCCAUUGGAACCAGGCUCUCCAAGGAACCCGUGGUGACAUGAACAGGGAUGGCCAAGGCAGUACAAAGUACAAGCGUCCUUCCAUCUCAGAGAGUAUUUUUUUACAGUUUUUUCUUCUUCAAAACAAAACCAGACUUUGGUUUUCCCCUGGCACUGUCAGGGGGGACCACACAGCUCCUUUCUACAGAUGUUACAUGAAUGUGCCAAGUGUCCAAACAACUUUGUUGAAGAGCCAGGAGACAACACCCAGCACCGUCUAUGAAGUCCUUGAUCUUGCAGGGAUCAGUGCUGGGAGACUCCCUUGCUGCAGCCCCUCACUUCAGCAAGGAUGCAGAGAGCAGGCUGACAGCAGUGCUAACCUCUGUCCCUGGCUCCUGAGCAUUCCUGCAGUAUCCCACCUGAGAAAUCCUUGCAGCAAUGUCCCCACUGGUUCUGGAUGUUGGAUGUAGAAAGAAGAGUGUCCGAUGGCACAGUUCUCUUACUCCCCAGUGUUCUGGUCUCUGAUGUGUUCACCAGCACACACGCUUGCCCAGGGGCCUUCUGUAAAUGGACAGCAUCCCCUCACCCUUUCCCUCAGGACAAAUUCCGUGGGAGAGUCUGCCUGGCUCGCCUCAAUCCCCACUGACCCAGCUCGGGAUCCAUCUUCCUGGUUCCUUGUGGUCAGAGGUUGCCCUGCUCUUCGGAAAAGCACAACAAAUGCCUUGUGCCACUCCCCCUCCCUCCGGUGUCCGGCUGUUCUGCUGCUCUGAACUGGACUUGUAAAUACCCUCAGAAAGUUAAUGUAUUUAAAUGCUAAAGGAGAAUGUUUAAUUUUGUGGCUUUGAGACAAAGCUUUUCUCGGAGAAGUAUCUCUGUGCACUUCUACUGACCAACGUCUGUCAGCACUGGAGCAGUUUUCUCCACUGCUUUGUCUGCAGGGAUAACUCGUAGAUGUCUCCGUUGUCGUAACAGCAGCUCGCUUUUCCCAGCAGCUCAGUUCAAGGCUUUUUCUCUUGGGCUUUGCCUCACACCUUACUCACAGUUUCACUUCCCAGACUCUCCUGUUGCUGCAUGUAGAAGGGUUAUUUGGUGAGCUGUGAACUCGAGGAAAUUCUGAAGCACAAGAGUGGUCCCAAGGAUCAUUGGGCAUCCUGCAAAUGGGAAUGGUUCAGGAGAGGAAGGAGAGGCUGGAGCAGGCACAAGCACAGUGAGUAGGCAGCUGUCACUGGGCAGCUCCUCGCGGCUCCCUCCUUGGAUCCUGCACUUUGGGAACAGAGUGCUCUGCCCCUCUGGGAGCAGACUCCUAUUUAUAAGGGUGUCUUGUGCACUCUCACCCCUUCUGCUAAUUCCAUGCUGAUGUCCUGCAUGCUUGGGGCAGGUCUGAGCCCUCUGUCACCUCCCUGAGGUGGUGACUGCCAGCCAGGAGGGAUUAGAGCUAAAACCAAGGCAGGAUCACAUCCCUACCUCUUUCAUUGCAUAUAGCAGCAAUUCCAGGCCUAUCAGAUCAGCCCUGUUGCUUUGUGUGAGUGCUGCUGUUACAAAGAUGUUCUCUGAGCGAUGUGACAAGCUAACACUGGCCACUCUUCGUACAAAGCUCUCUCCUGUGACCCUCUUCCAGCAGUAUUCCCGGGUACUGUAUGUGCCCAGAGUUUGGCCAGCAUCCCUGUGCCACCUCGUGC